GACAAAUGAGAUGGCGCAAUUGUAAGAGACAUAUAUAUAUAUAUGUACAUUUAUAUAUAAUUUUCGAAGGACCUAUUCAAGCUAGCAAGAUCAGGUCUCAUCUUCUUUACUCUCGUAGAAGAUACCCAAUAUUGUUUGUUUGGCAAUCCACCAAAAAAGCUAUAGCUCUACAAAAAUGGAAUAACAUACGCCGUAUUUUUAUAUAUAUAUUUCAACUAGUUAUUACGUACGUGUCGUAAUUUUUUGUAUCCUUAUUUAAUCAAAUUAAAUCCCCAAUUAAUAUGGAAAGUUGAUUAAUAAAAUUAAUUCCGAAUUAAUGUUUGAACAGUCAGCUGCAUGCACGUAUAUCCUUUCAUUUGAAACAAAUUAAGAAGCUUUUAGACGUGGAGGAGUAUUGGCCAAUUUGUUAGCCACAUAAUCCUGUUUUUUUUUACACAUUAAUUUCUUCUUUUGCUUUUCUCUCUGUCUCUACAUUUUCUUCCAAGCUUUUCCAUCUUCCGCUUCUGCUUUCAUCUUCCAUAACGACGGUAUAUCAUCAAACCGAGCCAACCAUACCCUUUGGUUAUUAGUUAAUAUUGAUCAAUGAGUACUAAUACCGAAGAAGUUGAAGAAGCUUUGCUUUCGGAAUCUAAAAAAUAUGAGUUUCCUUCCUUUCCAAGAAUAAGAAGCCGUCUUCAAGUUCAAUAUAAUAAUAGUUAUAACACUAUUGCAUGUACACCUUUUGUAGACGCAAACUGCUCAGAUCAGCAAAUAUACGGAUCUGAUUAUGUAAAACGACAAUUUAAUAUAGUUCAAGUGCUUGUCGUUUUGGCUACUUACUUAGGUGGAGGAACCCUUUGUUUCUUCCUCAUCAGAGACCAAAUCAAGGGUCAAAAAACAAAUGGGUUUCUCGAUUCAAUGUACUUUUGUGUGGUGACAAUGACCACCGUUGGAUAUGGUGACCUUGUUCCAAAUAGUAUACUAGCAAAGCUACUUGCUUCAAUUUAUGUGUUCAUUGGUUUAUGUCUUGGUGGUUUAAUAAUUGGUAAGGUGGCUGAUUACAUAGUAGAAAAACAGGAAAUACUUUUGGUCAAAGCUAUUCAUGUGUCUGAAAAAAUUGGUCCAGUUGAGCUUUUAAAGGACAUGGAAACUAACAAAGUGAAAUAUAAGUUUUUUACAGCCAUGGCUCAGAUUUUGGUGCUCAUCAUAGUAGGGACUGUAUUCUUACACUUAGUUGAAAAUCUUGAGUUGAUAGAUGCUUUUUACUGUGUUUGUUCCACUAUUACCACUCUAGGAUAUGGGGAUGAGAGUUUUUCAAGUAAAGGUGGUCGUGUAUUUGGGGUUUUUUGGAUAUUGAGCAGUACAAUUUGCUUAGCUCAAUUCUUUAUCUACCUUGCUGAACUUUACACCGAAACAAGACAAAAGUCAUUGAUCAAAUGGGUUCUUAAUCGAAAGUUGACUGAGUCAGAUCUUGAAGCAGCGGAUCUUGAUCAAGACGAAGUUGUAAGUGCUGCAGAGUUUGUCCUGUACAAGCUAAAGGAAAUGGGAAAAAUAAGUGAGGAAGAUAUCUCAAUGCUGAUGGAAACAUUUGAGCAUCUUGAUAUUGAUCAAUCAGGGUCUCUCACACCAGCUGAUCUUUUACGUCCUUAAUCUCUCUGAAAUCAUACCAUAUAUAUAAUCAUAUGGAAUAUCUUAUUUUUUAUUCUCUCUUUCUCUUGCUAUUUAUAAUUUUUUAUAGCCAUAUAUUAAUUUGAUAUGUGAUCAGUACUACCAUAUAUAUAUAGAUGCACCCACCCACUAAUUGGGACCUUAAUCGAUGCUGUAAUAUUCUUAUUCGGAUAAUCUAGUUAGAAGUAGAGUACGUAGCUUGCUUAUAUUCAUUAAUCCACUAACUGUCACAUGAAGAGACUGUGCUCAUUGCCAUUGGUCCCAAGCAAUUGUC